CCGGCUUGCGACGCGCUUUGGCGGGAAGCGGCGUUUUCGGAAGAGCCGCGGAGCGAGAGGACUCGCGGGAGGAGGCGGCAGAUGUGCAGGUUGUGAAGAUGGCAGUGCCGUUUGUGGAAGACUGGGACUUGGUGCAGACUCUUGGUGAAGGCGCUUAUGGAGAAGUUCAACUAGCUGUGAAUAGGCGCACCGAGGAAGCAGUUGCAGUGAAAAUGGUGGACAUAAAAUGUGCCGCUGAAUGUACGGAUCAGAUCAGGAAGGAGAUCUGUAUCAACAAAAUGUUGAAUCACGAGAACAUUGUGAAAUUCUUCGGGCAUCGUCGAGAAGGCACUAUUCAGUACCUCUUCCUUGAAUACUGCAGGGGGGGCGAGCUUUUUGACCGAAUAGAGCCUGAUAUCGGUAUGCCAGAAUCAGAAGCGCAGAGAUUUUUCCACCAGCUAAUUGCUGGCGUGGUCUACCUCCAUAGCAUAGGAGUGACACAUCGGGAUAUUAAGCCAGAAAAUCUGCUACUUGAUGCAAGAGACAACCUCAAGAUCUCAGACUUUGGGCUCGCUACUGUAUUUAAAUAUAACGGCUGCGAGCGACUGUUGAACAGGAUAUGUGGCACGCUUCCAUACCUGGCCCCCGAAGUCCUGAAAAAGAAAGAAUUUCACGCUGAGCCUGUGGAUGUUUGGUCAUGUGGAAUAGUGCUCACUGCGAUGUUAGCAGGAGAACUGCCGUGGGACCAGCCUGCCGAUACUUGCCAAGAAUAUUGUGAUUGGAAAGAAAGAAAGACAUAUCUUUCCCCAUGGAAGAAGAUUGACUCAUUGCCCCUUGCCUUGCUUCUCAAACUCUUAAACGAAAACCCCUCAUCCAGGCUGACUCUUGCAGACAUUAAGAAAGACAGAUGGUAUACAAGACCUUUAAGGAAAGGCAUAAAGCGAUCCCGAGGGUCUUCAGGAGGAGCUUCUGAUUCGCCAGGAGGUUUUUCUAAACACAUUAGAUCAGAUAUGGAUUUCUCUCCAGUAAAAGUUGCACACAGCGAGGAAAAAAAGAUCUGUUCCAAUUCCCAGCCCGAACCAAGAACUGGGCUCUCCUUGUGGGACAGCAGCCCAGAUAUCGAGAAAUUGGUGCAAGGGAUUAGUUUCUCUCAACCAGCCCACCCUGAGCACAUGCUGCUGAACAGCCAGAUGUUAGGCACUCCAAGUUCAUCGCAGAACCCCUGGCAACGUCUAGUAAAGAGGAUGACCCGUUUCUUUUUGAAAUUGGAUGCUGACCAGUCUUACCAAAUCUUGAAGGAGGUUUGUGAAAAGAUGGGCUACAUCUGGAAGAAAGGUUGCACAAACCAGGUCACCAUAUCCACCAUGGACAGAAGAAACAACAAACUGAUUUUCAAAGCAAACCUGGUGGAAAUGGAUGAGAAAAUUCUUGUGGAUUUCCGAUUGUCAAAGGGUGAUGGUUUGGAAUUCAAAAGGCAUUUCCUGAAGAUCAAAGAGAAACUAAAUGAUCUUGUCAGCCCACAGAAGUUAUGGCUUCCAGUGACAUGAUCCCCUUCUGGUUGAAAAACAAGUGAAUUUGGCUGCUGUGUCUUCAACCAUAGGACAGUUUAUGCUAAGGCAUGCCCUGACUUCACACACUCAGUGUCCAUUCUUCUUGGCUCUGACAUGAUUAGUAACCAAUUCGGACAUAAUUAUGUAUUUUUUGUAGGGUAACCGUCAUGAAAAUUUCCAGUGUUUUAGAUUUCGUGGGCUUUUAGCUUGCAUUCCACUUUAUACAGAUAAUUCAAAUGUUUUAGCAUGCCACAUUUUCUAAAUGGGAAUAUUAUUUUUUUUCCAAAGUGAAUACAAACUGAAGUUUUGCAAAGAGCAG